CUGACGGGAGCGGGGAGUCAGUCGUAGCUAAGUGAGGAAUGACAUCUUGUCAACAACAUAAACAGCAGCGGCAGCAGCGCGAGUUACAGGUUGGCUGUGGCCAAGGCAUGCCAUCGUGUGACGCUGAGUAGCCACCUGCCACUGUGCCCCCUCCCCUCUGUCCCCAUGACAACCCCUCCGCUUGCCCAGUUCCCUGGGCAGCAGGCGCAGGCAGUGCGGGAUGUGAACACGGCGUCGCUGUGCCGCAUCGGGCAGGAGACCGUGCAGGACAUCGUCUUAAGAACCAUGGAGAUCUUUCAGCUACUGAGAAACAUGCAGCUGCCAAACGGGGUCACAUACCAUCCUAAUACUCACCAGGACCGCCUGGGAAAGCUGCAGGAGCACUUGAGGAUGCUGUCAGUUCUCUUCCGCAAACUGCGCCUGGUCUACGACAAAUGCAAUGAAAACUGCGCCGGCCUGGACCCCAUCCCUCCUGAGCAACUCAUUCCCUAUGUGGAGGACGACAGCUCAAAGCUGGACGACCGUGGAGCCAGUCAGAUACGUUCAUCCAGCGAGGAGAGGAGAGAAGUGCUGGAGGUCAACAAGAUAUCUGCUGCUCCGGUCCUCUUUCUCAUGUCGGCGGUGAAGUGAUCAUUGGGCCCGGUAGCUGUAAGCCCCUGACAGUCAGGAGAAAGAUGAAAGCGCUUUCUGCUGGAGAGAUGCGAGGGCUCGACUGAUUGGGACUCACUCUGCACUCCUUAAAAGAGAACCGCUGCUAUUGUAGCCAGGCAGCUGCUUUCAUACCGAUGAACUUUCUAGCUUGUGCAGAUCUUAAGCUGUGACUGGAUAAACGUCCAAGUGAUUUCUGGCCAGACACAACAGUGUAUUUUACACAUAAACACACAUUUGAAAGCAGCCUAAACAGCAGGUCUGUGCUUACACUUGCUUGGGAAUAACUUUGAAGGUGAUUUACUUUAACUUAAAAAGAGAGCAGUCUUGUUCUUCUGUGUGUCUUUGCUGGUUCUUAACCGUUGCAUCAGUUUUUCCCGCCCACCAUUCCUCACAGUCUCCUCUUUACCCUGCUCGUCCUUCACCUUGAUCCUACGAGCUUCCCCUCGCUGGUCUCCAUCUCAGUCUGAUCACAGUGGGGUGGGCUUUAGAGUCACGCUUCUUAAUGCGGGCCAUCGAUCUCCACUCUGUCUUCUGUCUUGAACGCUUGCUUUGAAGAUUUGAUGAACUCUUCAGCCUGAGGAUUAUGUAUCUAUUUGAAGUGUUUUCUUCUUUAUUUAAAUGUAGGACUCUAUUAAAUACAUAUACAUAUUUUUUUCCCUUAAUUAUUUAAAAAAAAGUCUUUAAGGGAAUAUGUGCAAAAUAUACAAUCAUACAAACAUAGCAAUAGCAAUAUGCCAACAUAUUUAAAGGAGUUCAUUUCAAAAAGAGUGCUAUCCUUUAAACAUACUUGUUUUUGCAAAUGUAUGAAUGAAUUUUAAAAAAGUUUAUGAAAUAUAGUUUAAUUCAGGAAUUUCUCCACAAGAUGGCAGAUGUAGCAGUCAUCACUUUGGUGCGCACCAUUUGAAAAUGAGUGAAAUACACCUGCAGCAAAUGAAUGCAUGUUUGCAGCCCUAAUAAAAAACCUAAGAAAAGGCAUACAUUAGUAUACCUUGUUACAUAUAUAUUUAAUUGAAAGGUCAAAUUUAUUGAGCUUAAUUAUUUCCUCUUCUUAAAGUGUUUUUUUUUCUUUUCUGAUUUAACGCAGUGCAUGUCUUAUGUUGGGCCUUGUCUAUAAUACAUUGCAAACAUUGCAGAAAACACUGCAAGUUGCCCUGUUUCAUAAAAAAAAUUAAAAGUGCUAUUGGCGUAACCCGAAGAUAAUGUGUUCAGCAUUUUACCCACAGUAUACAUUGUGAUGUACCAUGAUGUGCUAUUUUUAAUGACUAAGUUCCACGAUUCCACCUGUUUUCCCAU